AUGAUAUGGACUUUCUCUGUGACAGUUACAUUGCCAUACGCCAUAUUCAUGACCUAUUACGAUUUGGAUAUAGGAAGAUUCUGUGAAGAGACAUGGCCCACGGAAAAGUUAAGGCGCAUAUUCGGAUCUGUGACAUCUUUUCUGCAGUUUGUAUUGCCGUUUAUCGUGAUUGCAUUUUGUUAUACAUGCGUCAGCUUCAAAUUGAAUGACAGGGCAAAAGCAAAAGCUGCCAGCAAAAAUUCCCGGAAAGAAGAGUUAGAUAAAAACCGAAAGCGGCGCACAAAUCAAAUGUUGAUUGCGAUGGUGACUAUUUUUGGUCUUUCAUGGUUGCCUCUGAACGUGAUAAAUCUUUGUAAUGACUACUACAUCUACGCUAUUCAUUUGAAGUACUACUUUUUAAUAUUUUUCUUAGGGCACGUUAUCGCCAUGUCCUCGACUUGUUACAAUCCUUUUAUUUAUGCUUGGAUGAACGAAAACUUCAGGAAGGAAUUCAAACAAUUGAUUCCGUGUAUUGACACUUCUGCCCAGUUGAGGGGUAAUAUUCAGCUGGAACAGCUAGGAGUCGGUCAGUCUGAGAAGACUUUUAAUGGAAACACAACAACCGACAGUUAUCUCUCCAGUUCUCAAAGGGCUACUUCGUUUAGACAUAAAAGGAAGCCUAGUGCAGCAGCGGAUGUAGAGAGGAGUGGCGUGGAAUUAAAUGAGGAUUUACUAACUGUGGAUGUAAAGCAUUGUCAUAUCUCCACCAGUUACAACUUGAGGAGGGAGUCGGUUAAAUUGAGGCUGAUCAACGAGGAGUCAUUUGACGGGACACCGACGCAAAGUCAAUUCUAA